AUGACCUCCUGGCUCGGGACCGCCCUCGUCAUCCUCUUUGCUAUGGUCGGUAGGAUACUCGCGGGUCUAUUUGCGAGUAUAAAAUUCUUCAAGAAUAGAAGAUCAUCGCGGGCGGCCCGGGCGACUUUCCAGUCCCACAUCGAGUAUCCAGUAACGAACCUGCUGCACGCCGGAGGAGAAUCCAGUCAUCGAUUCACCAAAGAAUACCAGAUGAAGACACUGCAGUGCAGCCAUUCUUAUCGGAUUAGGACUCUGGUACAAGUGGUGGAGGCCAACCACGAAGGAAAACCUUACAAAUCUACAACCGCAAGUGGAGAGGGCCAGGAGCAUGGACCGGUGUUCCUGCUGGAGCCGCCGGCGCGCCUGGCCUUCGCCAACAGCACGGGGGCACGCGUUUCGUGCGCGGCACACGGCGCGCCUCCGCCCACUAUCACAUGGCAGCUGCCCGACGGCACGCCGCUCGAUGACGUGCCUGGACUCAGACAAGUGCUGGACAACGGCACGCUGGUAUUUCUGCCGUUCUCUGCGGCGCAGUACCGGCAGGAGGUGCACGCCGCGCUGCUCCGAUGCCGCGCGCACAACGCGCACGGCGCCAUCCUUUCGCGCGACAUGCGCGUUCACGCCGUGGUGUGGCAGGAGUGGCAGGCACAGGUGACGGCGACGCGCGCGGUCAUGGGCGGACCGGCACUGCUCACCUGCUCGGCGCCCGCGGCACUCCGCGACCACGCCUCCGUUGCCGCCUGGUACCGAGACGAUGCCGUCCUUACACCUGCUGACCACCUCUCGGGGCCUACUUUGCUGCUAGAGGAGGGGUGGCGGCUAGUAGUGCGCGCGGUGCGGGCAGAAGAUGCGCGCGCGCAGUACGCCUGCUCCGUGCUCGACGCGCUCACAGGCGAACGCCGCAGGAGCGCGCCCGCUACUAUCGAUAUCGUCCCAAUGAGCGUAGCAUCUGCACCGCGUGCCCUGCUGCCGGGCCCGUGGGAGACGAGCGUGCGCCGUGGCGGCGACGCGGUUCUACCCUGCCUCGUCUCUGCUAAUCCUCCGCCUACCGUCAGUUGGUACCGCGAGUCGGGCGUGGGCGUGCUGCGUGAGGUGCGUGCGGGCGCUGGGGGCGAGGCGGGCGGGCGCUACAGCGCGGCGGCAGACGCGCUAGCCGUGCGCCGCGCUGAACCGGCAGACGCAGGCCGCUGGGCAUGCCGCGCCGCCAACCCGCACGGCCACGUCACAUUGCGCCUGCAUCUCGCGCUCCGGGCUCAUCUCACCGUGCACGUGCAGCCGCACACCCAGGUGGUAAACAGUGGCGGCACGGCCACGAUAAACUGCACGUGGAGCGGGUGGCCGGCGCCGCGGCUGGAGUGGCUGCACGACGGAGCACCAGUACGCGCGGGCGUGGCCGGCCGGUUGCGCGUGCUGGCCGGCGGAGCGCAGCUGGUCGUGCCUGCCGUGCGCCGCGCCGACCAGGGCGUCUACCAGUGCAUGGCACGCAAUGAGCGCGACUCCGCACAAGCCAGCGCCGAGCUGCGACUCGGAGACACAGCGCCGGAGCUGCAGUACACGUUCAUCGAGCAAGUGCUGCGGCCGGGGCAAGUGGUGACGCUCAAGUGCUCCGCCACGGGCGCCCCGCCACCUCACUUCACCUGGCUGCUCGACGGACAGCAGCUCAACACCAUGAGCAGAGGACACAGAUACAGUGUGGAACAAUUUGCGACAAAAACCAACGACGUAGUGAGCUACCUGAACAUAUCGUCGGUGAGGUCUGAGGACGGCGGCCUCUACACUUGCCGGGCGGCCAAUUCCCUCGGGGAAGUGUCCCACACCUCCAGGCUGAACAUUUAUGGGCCGCCGUACGUGAGAUCGAUUGGGCCCAUUAGAGCGGUAGCGGGCCGGGAGCUCGUAUUGUACUGUCCCUAUUCAGGCUAUCCAAUCAGUUCUGUGAAGUGGGAGCGAGACGGCAGUCAGGUUGAGUGGGACGGCAACGCGGAGGGCGCGCUGCGUCUAGCUCGCGUCGAACCCGCGCACGCCGGCGCCUACUCCUGCGCGGUGACCGGCCCGCAUGGCGAAAUCGCACGCAGGGAGCUGCAGCUCAUUGUCAGCAAUCCUCCCGAGAUCGAACCGUUCUCCUUCUCCGCCAACUUACAAGAAGGCAAGCGGGCGCAAGUGAGCUGCAGCGUGACGUCAGGCGACAUGCCCGUGCACUUCACCUGGCUCAAGGACAACGCUCCCAUACCCUCCAGUCUGCAGGUGGAAGAGCGAGGUGCUGAUUUUUUCAGCAAUCUUGUGUUCAAGGAAGUGUCUGCCCGCCACAGCGGUCUUUACACUUGUGUGGCCUCCAAUACCGCCGCCAAAGUUAACUAUACCGCAGAACUGGUAGUUAAAGUGUCACCUAAAUGGGUGACGGAGCCUAAGGAUGAGGCGGUGCUGGCGGGGGAGCCGCUGGCACUGCACUGCCAGGCCACUGGCUCGCCCACGCCGCACCUUACCUGGCUUAAGCAGAGAGUAGGAUCUCCGCCUGAAUUCGUGCCGCUGGUGAACCUAGGCGGGCGGCUACAGUUCCUGGGCAACGGCUCGCUGUGGUUGGAGGGCGCGUUGCCUUACGACGAGGGCCACUACAUGUGUCGCGCAGAGAACGGUGUCGGCUCUCCCCUCACCAAGACUAUAUUUGUUGCUAUUAAUGAGCCGGCGCGGUUCGAGCUGACAUCACACAACGUGUCGGCGCGGCGCGACGCGGCCGCCACAUUGACGUGCGAGGCACGCGGGGACGCCCCACUACGGCUCACCUGGACCCGCGGCCCCCGGCCCCUGGACCUCUCUACUUACAGACUUAGUAUAUCGGAGGCAAAGACUGAUAGCGGUUUGCGGUCGCAGCUGUACAUCAGCCGCACGGAGCGGCAGGACUCCGGAGUCUACAAGUGCCAGGCCGUCAACGCCUUCGGACACAGCGACCACUACAUUUAUCUUUCCGUCCAAGAGAAGCCCGAGACGCCGCAGUCGCUGUCGGUGACGGAGAUCCUGAGUCGCGCGGUGCGGCUGGCCUGGAGCCAGGGCUUCGACGGCAACUCGGCGCUGCAAGCGUACACCGUGCAGCAUUGCGCGCUAUCCGUCCGCGCAGCGCACUGGGAUUCCGCCACCACGCUCAACGUCUCCGUCCACGACGCCCAAGAUGCCCACGCCGCGCUUGUGCCCCACGCCCACGCCGCCCACCUGCCGCACGCCGCGCACGCGCCGCACUUGCCGCACUCACAUAUUAUACUGACCAAAAAAGGCGACAUUCACUACGAGGCUUUGUUGGGCAACCUUAAACCUCACACCGCCUACAUGAUUCGCAUCGCUGCCAUCAACGAGAUCGACCGCAGUGCAUUCACUGAACCUGUCGUUGUCAAGACUCAAGAAGAAGCGCCGUCGGAGGCGCCGAGCAACGUGCAAGUGACGGCGGGCGGGCCGGGCGAGCUGCAUGUGGCGUGGCGGCCGCCGGCGCGAGACGCCUGGCACGGUGACCUGCUCGGCUACUCCGUCACCUGCACCGAGCUGGGCGUGGCGGGCGAGCCCGAUAUGCCCCCCCUCGUAGGCAGCAACGCCUCCAGGACGCUAACUGUCAACGGAUGGUCCGCUACCGAGCUGAGCCUGUCGGCCCUAAAGAAGUUCACCCGGUACGAAGUGCGUGUGCGCGCGUUCAACGGUGUCGCGGCCGGGCCCGCAUCCGCACCCGUCACCGCCACCACACUAGAAGGAGUUCCCGAGUCGCACCCAACGCGCGUGUCGUGCACGGCGCUUUCGUCGUCCAGUAUAAAGGUGUCGUGGAGCCCGCCGUCGCACGAACACCGCGGUGGGAUCAUACAGGGCUACAAGGUCAUCUACGUACCCCUCACUAUAAACCAUGUACAUAAAAAAAUGCAUUUAACUAUAGCGGAUGUGGCGGAAAUCAAGCGCGUGACUACGACAGAUACGUACCUGCACACGCUGCACAAGUACACCAACUACUCGAUACAGGUGCUGGCCUUCACGGGCGCCGGAGAUGGCAAGCGCAGCCCGCCCGUCUACUGCAUCACCGAGGAGGACGUACCCUCAGCGCCAGAAAAGAUAAAGGCGCUGGCGUACUCCAGCGACUCAGUGCUCGUCAGCUGGUUGCCGCCGGUGCAUCCCAACGGCGUCAUAUCGCACUACACCGUCUACUUCAGGGAGGCGGGCCGGCUGGGUAAACACUCGAGCUUCACGGUGUCAGCAGACAAGAACCCCGAGCUGGAGCUGAUGUUCCAGGUGCGCAACCUGCUGGAGAGCCAGAUGUACGAGUUUUGGGUGUCUGCCACCACCGGCUCCGGCGAGGGCGAGUCCACGCACGUCGUGGGCCUGGGGCCUAGCUCACGAAUCCCAGCGCGCAUUGCGUCAUUCGGCGGGCGGCGUGCGGUGCGCGCGGGACACGGCACGCUGCUGGCGUGCACCUGCGUGGGGGUGCCGGCGCCGCGGUCGCGCUGGGCGCACGAGCGCACGCCCGUCACCCACCACGCCUUCUACCAGGUCACUCGCGCAGGACACUUGCAUAUUCGUGAGGUAAACGAGCAGUCGUCGGGUAACUUCUCGUGCACGGCCAGCAACAGCAUCGGCGAGGACACGAUUGUGUAUGCUGUGAUGGUUGUGGCGCCGCCGGCCGCGCCGCUGCUGUCGCUGCAGUACACCACGGCCACCACAGUCAGGCUGCAUUGGCGCCUGCCCGCUGACAAUCCAGAACCGGUCCUCGGUUACGUUUUACACUACAAGCAAGCUUCGGAGAGCGUGUGGCACAGUGUGGAGUUGUCGCCCGAGCUGAGCUCCUACACCAUGGACAUGCUGAAGUGCGGCACCACCUAUAACGCCAGGAUACAGGCGCAGAACAAGAUUUCCCUCGGACCGCCCAGUGAAAUACUUACCGCCACCACACGAGGGGGCCUUCCGAAGCCACCGAAGCCAGAAGACCACGUGCACAUGAACUCGUCGGCGAUUAAGAUUAACUUCUACGCGUGGCGCGACGGCGGCUGCCCCAUCCUCGGCUUCCGCGUCGCGUACCGGCGUGUCGGCGACGAACAUUGGAUAAAGGUGGGUGAAAGUCUAAGCGCAGCGAACUACGUGAUCGGCGCAUUGUCGCCGGCCACAUGGUACGAAGUGCUGGUGGAAGCGCGCAGCGACGCCGGCGCUGAACACGUACUGCUGCUCGCCGACACGCACACAGUCUCCGGAGGGCGCAUCCCGCCGCCGCAGCCGGCGCCCCCCGCGGCAGGCGGUGCGCGCACUGCAUCGCUGCGCACGGUGCUGGUGUCCUGCGCCGCCAGCGCGCUCGUCAUCGUGGCAGCGCUCGCCGCGCUGCUCUGCCUGUUGCAUGGCAAGCGCAGAUUUUUCUGCCUGUCCAACGACCACUACUUGCGAGAUAAUAGGAAGCUAAGCGAAAGUAACGAGGCUGAAAGAGAAAAACUCAGAGAGGGACAAAAACUAUAUUCUUCUUCUUCUAUCAACGGAAACGAGAAAUCGAAUGAUGAUUCGUCGGCGGAGUUGUACGAGAUAAGUCCAUACGCGACGUUCGGGGGCGGUGUGGGUGGUGUGGGGGGCGCAGGGAGUGGGGCCGCGGCGCACUCGCUGCAGUUCCGCACGCUGGCGCGCCGCGACGACGACGCCGCGCCGCCGCACCGCCGCCGCCGACGCUGCGACCACUACAGAUACGACGAAUCGAGUCUCUCGAACCGGUCUACGGUGGAGGCUCGGCACCGAAUGCGCGCGGCGUGUGCGGGCCCUGGCGGUGCGGGGACCGGGGGCGCCACGCCGGUGGGUUGGCGCGAGCGCUCCGACUCCGACGACUACAGCGACAGCGCCGCCAACACUACCACCAAAGGGUCGGGCGGCAGCGGCGGCGGCAGCGCUUACGGCAGCGGGCGGCGCACCGCCAGCAGCGGGGGGCAGAACGGGAGCGACGGCCUCUCUGGCAGCUUCGCUCCUGUCCCUCCCGAUAUUUCUUCAUUAAUUGACAAAUAUCAACAAAGAAAAGAACAGGAACGUAGGGAAUGUACUAUCCACGUAUAACAGUGCCACGGUCCAAAAUGUUAUACCAAACUGAAGAACCAUUUUAUAUGGCCUCUCUU